AACGAUUGGACCCAUGUAAAGUCGUAUGCAAUCGGAAUAUAUGCGGAUGUCUCGCCCGCUCGUUAUCUAUUUUUACAUCGACUGACAGCGCCGUGGAGCCGAAUUCUCUUAGGCGACCCCCAGCCAACCGGAAGCCUCGCUGCACUUUUCCGAAGCCAUUCGCCGACGUUCGGACGCGGCAUCCAUCCACCUUCUAUUGGGCAUCAUCGAUGGAUGAAGCAUCAUCACCUUUGUGUCUGUGCGGAAGAACCUCGCACUUGUCUAGUGAAUACCGGUUUACCAGAUGACGAUGUUCCAAACAUAGACUGCGUCACCAUCCUUCCAUGUCGAGUCCCGAGUUCCGACCCAGUGAGCCCCUUCGGAAUUUUUACUGGGCUGCUGCCGCUCUGCUGCGUCUCCCCAAUCAGGAUACCCGCGUGAUGAUGCAGAAGAUAUGACGCCGCAGGUAGCACCUGCUUGUAUGACGAUGACACAGAUCUCUGUUUCACCAAGGUACUUUCCGCGGUCCGCUCUGGCUUUGCGAUCCGCCACAAGACCUCGGUGGUGGUCAUGGAUACGGUCUGGUGGUGCUGCCCUGGGCAUUAUAAGACUGGACGAUCUAUGCGCGGUCACCCACUGUGAUCCUGGUCACUCACAAAAUGCUGCUGCAACUGGUCCUCUCUGCGGUCUCGCUCGCACUUCUUCCUGUCGCUCGUGCCGUCGUCGGCCCCGGAAAAGUGACGGGCGACACGGCGGUGCACGACCCGACGAUGUGCAAGCGGUCGGAUGGAACCUACUUCGUGUUCUGCAAGUGCUCUUUACGAUGGCUGCGCUCUCCUUUGACGGAGAACUAUCAGCUACAGGAACAGGAAUCGAAAUCCGGACCUCGCCCGAUCGGACGGCCUGGACGCAUGUGGGCUCGGUGUGGCCCAACGGCGCGAGCUGGACGGAUGCGUAUACUGGUACUAGUAACGGAGCACUGUGGGCUCCGGACUGCACGGUCGUCGGAAACACAUUCUAUCUCUAUUACUCGGCAUCUACUUUUGGCUCGCAAAAGUCGGCGAUUUUCUUCGCCAAGUCGACGACUGGUAUGCCGGGAAGUUUCACGAACGAGGGUCUCGUGACAUCGACAUCCUCGGGCGCCGCCUACAACGCCAUUGAUCCGAACUUGCUCAUCGAUGGAAGUAAUUGGUACCUCUCCCUCGGCAGCUUUUGGUCGGGCAUCAAACUACAGACGCUGAGCUCCAGCACUGGCAAACCGUCCUCGUCUGCGGUCUCCUCGAUCUCCCAGCGCGCCAGCCCCGAUGCGAUAGAGGCCAGCGUGAUCUACAAGUUUGGUUCGUUCUACUAUCUGUUCACCUCGUGGGACAAAUGCUGCCAAGGAACCUCGAGCACGUACAACAUCCGUGUCGGUCGGUCUACGAGUGCUACUGGCGGCUUCGUCGACCAGGCCGGGAUUGCUUUGACCAACGGUGGCGGGACCCUGGUGUUGGGCACUCAUGAUAGCAUCGUUGGGCCCGGGGGUCAGGAUCUCAUGACUGACGGCGACGGGCCGAUCAUGGUUUACCACUACUACACGUCGGCGGGAAGCUUCCUGGGCAUCAAUCGCUUGGAUUUCUCGAGUGGCUGGCCGGUCGUGGUGUAGCACGCAUCAUUAUCUGGAACGUCUUUCGAGCCACUUGUAGAUUGUAUCCGAAUCGCUUACAUCGAACGAGACAAAGAACAUGUCACAGAUUGAGCACGGAGCACUGACACGUGAUCGUUAUGUGUUGGUCGAUUUGUUUCUUGAAUCUCUCGCUCCGCCGCGUUCCGUGUCUCACUGGAAC